ACAAGUCAGCCAUCCUCACAAGGAAGCGAAUAAGCACCAUGCAGAUCAAAUAGUUUGCGAAAGGCACGUUGAAAUAUUUCUGACAUGGAUCCAUGAACAUUCGUUCUCGCAAACAGUCGACGGCAUUGUUGUGCUGAAAUGAAACGUUAUGUUGUCGUGGUACUUGCUUUACCCAGGUUGUGAAGAUGGAUCGCUUCAGUGGUAAAGAAACGUCGGCUAGGCAGCAGACACCUGCAAACAAGAUUUGAGUCGCAAGCAGUGUUAUAAUGUUCAGCGCGGUCAGCACGAUGACUGAUGGGGACUAUGAUUACCUCAUCAAGCUCCUGGCUCUGGGGGACUCUGGAGUAGGGAAGACUACGUUUCUCUACAGGUACACUGACAACAAGUUCAACCCCAAGUUCAUCACCACAGUGGGAAUAGACUUCAGGGAAAAGAGAGUGGUGUACACAGCGUCGGGCCCCAAUGGAACCACAGGGAAAACCUUUAAAGUUCACCUCCAGCUCUGGGAUACAGCUGGACAGGAGAGGUUCAGGAGUCUAACCACAGCCUUCUUCAGAGAUGCUAUGGGCUUCCUUCUCAUGUUUGACCUCACCAGCCAACAGAGCUUUCUCAACGUCCGCAACUGGAUGAGCCAGCUGCAGGCCAAUGCUUACUGUGAAAACCCAGACAUGGUGUUGGUGGGCAACAAGGCAGACCUGGCGGACCAGAGAGAGGUGCAGGAGGAGCAGGCUAAAGAACUAGCCGACAAGUACGGGAUCCCGUACUUUGAGACGUCGGCAGCGACGGGGUCUGAGGUGGACAAGGCGGUCAUCACCCUACUAGACCUGGUCAUGAAGAGGAUGGAGCAGUGUGUCGACAAACCCACCGCCGAGCCCGCCAACGGGGGAGGAGCCGCCAAGCUGGAGGACGCUGCGCCUGACCAGAAGAAGUGUGCAUGCUAGACCUGGCCCCUCCCACGUCCCCUUCUCCCUACUCUGAUUGGUGCUCUAGCACCCCCUCUGGUGGCCAGAUAUAGAAGUGCAGCAGCAUUACGAUAGCAUGACGUGUGAUGGGCAGCUCAGUCAGCCACACUGCAAUGGGUCUGUGGUUCUGGCCUUGCAUGGCCUGAGUGUACUGUGCUGGUCCUGGCUAUGUGUCUCUCCUGCCUGUCCUGUCCUGUGUUGUGUCCCAAACGUCACCUUGUUCCCUAUAAAGUGCACUACUAGCCCAUAGGGCCCUGGUCAAAAGUAGUGCACUAAUAUAGGGAAUAGGGUGCCAUUUGGGACGAGAGCCUGGCCUACCGGAGGCCUCUGCUUUAUAAGACUUUGUAUCCCCAUGUUGUUUAGAAGUAUCUGUCCAAUCUAAUCUACUGCCUUGGCUCUUAAGGCCCCAUCCAUAUUGCAGUACCAAUAUUAUAUUAAUAAAAAAUGUGACCAGUUAUUUAUAUAUGGUUUAGAUUUAGAAUUUAGUUUUUGUGUAUUUAAAUUUAAGUUCUCAUUCUAGUUUUUUUUGUGUACUUUUUGUUUUAGAUUAGAUUAUGGUUCCACAUAUUAAUUGAAUCCCCAAAUAACAGGAGUUUUUGACAACAGUGUCUAGCUAAAUGUGCAUAAAAGACAAUUUUAUCGUAUUGUAAUAUCACCUCAGUCAGUACUCAAAUAAUAUUACAGUCAGGAAAAUACAUCGCCAAGCACAAAAUCUCAUCUGUUGAUAACUGCUUUUGAUCUGUCUGUCUGUGUGCCAAAAAUUACCUUCACAUUGCCUGUAGUCCAGGUCAGGAUCGUCUGUCCUUCUGUGGUUGUUACCAAGGGUGUCCUUCUGUGGUUGUUACCAAGGGUGUCCUUCUGUGGUUGUUACCAAGGGUGUCCUUCUGUGGUUGUUACCAAGGGUGUCCUUCUGUGGUUGUUACCAAGGGUGUCCUUCUGUGGUUGUUACCAAGGGUGUCCUUCUGUGGUUGUUACCAAGGGUGUCCUUCUGUGGUUGUUACCAAGGGCCUUGGACGUUCCUAGCUACUAAUCUCGUGUGACGGCCUUUUAACGUAAAAUCUAGCUAGUUAGCUAAGCGCACUCAAGAUGUAGUUCUGUGUUCACGUUCCUACAGAAGUAGCAUGCCACAUCUACCAGUUUUACAGGACUAACUCCACAACACACCUUUUCUAUUACAAAAUAAUAACAUGAUCGUAUACAUAGUGACCAGGACAGACAGGCAGGCAGUGUUAACAGCUAUUGUUGUUUUUAAGACAAGACAUAGUCCACAAUGUAGUGACUGUUCUGCAUAUCACUGGUUUAAUAAACCCAAUAGUACCAUACUUUAGGUCAUGUUUGGCUUUAAACGGAUCGAGUUCUGUGGUGUACUGGUGGUUCUAUAACUUGGAGAGAAAAUUGUAUUCCUUACUUACGGCAAUGGAGUUUGGCUGAGAUUAGAGAUUCAUCAGUGGAUAUUUGUUAUCAGAGAUAGCUUUUCUUAAAUAAUUCUCUAUUUCUUGUCAAAUAAGGUGAAAUUGAAAAAAAACUUUUGGUCUCCGCACAUUGUUAUUAUCAUUUCAACAUUGCAGAACCAAUUUUAUUUUUGUAAACUUACGUUUUACUAUUUUUAUUAUAGAAAAUAAAGACAAACGGCAUGGAGAAAAUGAUCGUCACCCCGGAGAUAGUACU